AUGGUGGUCAGGUUACUUGUCUGCCUGGCAGUAUGUAUUUCUAGUCUGUCAUUGAUUCUGGGCGCUGAACAGAACCUAACAGCUAAUCCAACUGAUGUACUUGUGGAGAUCAACGAGACCGCCAAUAUCACUUACCAAGCUGGGGUCCCUCUCGUGUCCGAUGUACAACUGUAUUUAAAUCAUUCUGAAUAUUUUAACUCAACUGAUCAUGUAACUCUGUCACAGUCGACGGGUCGCGGCAUAUUGCCAAUUACUGGCCGUAAACCGAUCAGCUUGACAUAUCUUGAGGUGACAAGCUGUACCACCCGGAGUAAUACAACGAAAUGUGAACUAAAUAUCGCUGAUGCUUUCGUUCGCGUAUCCGUGAUCAAGUCACAUCUCAUCCAAUUGUUCACUAUCAUAGUGGGAUGGAUGUAUUUCUUUGCUUGGAGCUUGUCGUUUUAUCCUCAGAUUAUUUUGAAUUUCAGAAGAAAAAGUGUCACAGGACUCAACUUUGAUUUUCUUCUAUUGAAUAUUAUUGGCUUUGCAGCCUACAGUCUAUAUAAUCUUUUCAUGUACUAUGACCCCAGUGUACAGGCACGCUAUAAGCACAAACAUCCUAAAAGCCCGAUACCAGUUUUACUUAACGAUGUUGUAUUUGCUGUACAUGCUUUUUUGGCUUGUCUUGUAACAGCUGCGCAGUGCUUUAUAUACGAGCGAAACGGUCAACGGGUUUCGAAGAUAUGCAUUAUGUUAUCCUCGAUUCUGAUCUUUUUCGCCUCAUGUGCAGGACUGGCCAGCGCCUUCAACCUCAUCAACGUUCUUCAGUUCGUCAUGUGUUUCUCGUACAUCAAAAUGGCAGUCACCCUGUCUAAAUAUUUUCCUCAGACGUUUUUCAACUUCAAACGGAAAAGCACUGUUGGAUGGUCGAUUGGCAACGUUCUCCUGGAUUUCACUGGUGGCUCGCUGGACAUCCUACAGAUGGUACUUCAGUGCGUCAACGUUGACGACUGGGUGGCCUUCUAUGGGAAUCCUGUAAAAUUUGGCCUGGGUCUAGUAUCAAUCUUCUUCGAUAUUAUCUUUAUGAUACAACACUAUGUGUUGUAUAGAGGUGUGAAAGUAGUCCAUGCCGAAUAUGAGGGUAUCGAAAACCCUAUAGCACCUCAAAGCUCAGAUUCCCCGUCAAAUCAUGGAAGUAUCAGUCCCAGUCACUCACAAGAUCCAAUAUUACACGACGUGCAAUUUUAA